CCCCUAGUCCUUCUUCCAUCCACUGCAGGUUGUCAAGUUGGCAUCUCACGCGUUCCUCCGCGCAUAUCUAAACCCGCAACUUGUUUUUGGUUCUCCAUGUCAUGAAGACGGAGGCGCUACGAACCGGAUCGAUGAGACUGGAGGCUCCGUUUCUGGAAACGAUCAGCUUUUGGAGCGACCGCGGCGAUGCGCUCCGUCCUCCCUCCACAUCUCCUCGCAUGUGUUCAGGUUACAUUGCUGUUGUGUAGCUUCCUGCAGGCGCUCGCGGUGGAUAAUGUGGAUUUUGGAGAGCACGUGGAGACUCAGACAGGCACAAGAGACAGUCUGAGCAGAAAGCAUCACCGGGUGUACCAGCUGUACAGCAAGACCAGCGGAAAACACGUGCAGGUGCUGGGAAGGAAAAUCAUCGCCACUGGAGAAGAUGGGGAUAAAUAUGCCCAGCUCGUGGUGGAGGCCGACACCUUUGGAAGUCAGGUGCGAAUUCGGGGCAAAGAGUCCAACUUCUACCUGUGCAUGAAUCGCAGGGGGAAACUGGUGGGCAGGAAAGCCAACAGUGCAAACGCUGAGUGUGUCUUCAUCGAGAUGGUUCUGGAGAACAACUACACGGCCUGGAUGUCAGCGCGUUACACCGGCUGGUACAUCGGCUUCACCAAAAAGGGCCGACCUCGCAGAGGGCCGCAGACUCUCCCAAACCAGCAAGAAGUGCACUUCAUGAAGCGUUUUCCUCCAGGUGAGCAGCCGAACCUGCAGCACAGCAGCUUCACCACCGUUAGCAAGAGGAACAGGAGGACGCAGGAGACCAGCGCUAGUCCUGACACACAGUCAUAACACCGCUUGUAUAAAGGAUCCUGAUGUGGAGGGAGCUUGGAUUGGAGUCACCCUUACCAAGUCUGCCAGGUGUAGGUCACUACAGUCCCAGAUGGAGGUCAAAUUCAGACAAACGCUGCGUAAUCAAAGACGGCUGGGCAUGCGUCCAGGGAAUGAACUUGGAGACUUCUGACUCGUGACAAGGGCACGCACGGCACUAUAAAACCGACAGAAAAUCUCUCCAGUAUCCACUGCUAUUAGCGAGGUUUGUCAGACAGUGAGUUGCACGUAUAUAAAAACUCGAAAGCCUCGUGUCUACAUUAUUCCAAUCACAUACCUUCUUGAGUUGAAUAAUCCUGCUUGAAAUGUUAAUCAAUAGGAUAAAAUGCCUAGGCAUGUGAACUACUACAAAAAGCCAAAUGUAGCUAAUAUAAUGAAUAAUGGAACAAGAACCAUAGCAGAAAACUACUUAACAGGAUAAAAAUCUAACAGCAACACAUUGGUAUGAGCUCAUACAGACAUCCUGGAGUAUAGACUCUUAAGAAAAAACUUACAUCUAGCAACUAAAACUCUCAAAGGGGUUCUGCAGGUUUCAAACACAUUUCUGCUCCAAGCAUAAUCCUAUUACUCUUGCCAUGCAGCUUUUUAUUUGCAACAGAACACAUUAGGUUCAACUUUAAGGUUAGUGACGAAAACUCAAUGACUAUAAUGAGUUGUAAUUUACAGAAUUGUAACAAAGGAACCCUUAAUAAUGCUUCAUAACCCCUGGGGGUCUCUGGAACUUUCCUUGAGAACCCUACUUUCAACGGUUCAAAUGUUCCAUGACAGCCACAAGGACACAAAAAAGCCCAUAACGAUCCAGAGAACUCUUGGAGAUCCUUUGGAGUGCACUUUGUUUUGCGUGUCACAUUAUGGUGUGAAAAUGAUGUGCUUAAAUGAUCAGAAGGACAUUUUACAGUAUAGAAAUUCAGUUAUAGUGUUUAGAGAGAAUUAUAACUGAUUAUCUCUAAACUCAUUUCUGGACCUUGAAAAAAAUCUCUCUUGCUUGUAUUCUGGUUAAUCAUUUAUGGAGUUUGUUGGUCUAUAAAUUGUUGCUGGAAUGAUAUUAAGAAAUUUUAGUCUUUUUAUAUAUUGCUUGAGUCCUGGACAUCAGAAUUUUCCAAUUUUUGGUGCAUGACUUGGACUCGCUUUUAACUAUGACUUUAGCCUCAAUCUUGACUUGAGAUGACAGAGUGUUCAAGAGUGUUUGACUCUCUUAGUAAUCAGAGCUUUUUCCUCCAUAUAUAAUCAGCUGCUUAUGGGCCCUGAGCCACUGGGGGACCCUGUAAAAAUGUUAAAAAAAAAACAACUUGUUUUUCUAAUAUUUUUUUGGUGAUAAAAGGUUCAUGCUUUGGCAGGGGGCACCCUUUUGGUCUGCACCAGAGAUACCGGAGGUGGUAUUAUUAUUAUUAUUAUUAUUAUUAUUAUUAUUAUUAUUAUUAUUAUCUUGAGCCCAAAUGUUAAACAUGUUUGUUAGUAAUUAUUUCUUCAACAUUAAAUAACGCUAGUCAAAGCAUGCUACCACAGCUGACUGCAAUUCAUUAAAAACAAAAUAGAGUUCCCCUGAAAAAUGAAAUCAUCAGCGGUGGCAGCGUACUCCCGCUGCGCUAACAUUUGGGAUUUGACAUUUACAUUCAGUUGUUUGCCAGAUGCUCUUCUCCGUAACAAGUUACAAAACAGAUGAAAGCACAGAAAUAGUCGAGAAUUAGAGACAAAUGCUGGGCUUAAAGUGUUAGAGCCGUCUCUCCGGAGGUGAUGACAAGAAAAAAGGAGGCUCAAAUCUGUAAAGAAUAAUGCAAAUAACCAGUUCAAAGAAAAUAAUAAAGUAGCUUGAACUCAUGUAGCAACCUAUGGACUCGACUUGGACUUGCUGGUUUUCUCCAAAGUCAUUGACUACCACAUUUCUUUUUUGCUCCUAUAGCAAAAUUGAACCAAGCAAGUAAGAGUAAUAUACUAUAUUGGAGAGAUUCUACUAGAAAACGUUUUUAAAGGCCCUGACAGUAUGGAAAUACUCACCUUUUCCAUCGUCCACAGUUGGCUGUAUAAGCUCAGACCCAGAACUGCAGUGUGGUACCUAAGACUAACUCAAUAUAUGACAUAACAGUCACCAGAAUGUUAUGGAUUUUUUAAGUGACCCUCUGUUCAUUUCACAUCGUUUUAUUCAUACUAUGUGAAAUAACUGAAAGGGGGGAUAGGAAAAUAACUAAUCACUACAGAUGUUUUUCCACACGAACAUGGGGAGGUGUUAGAUUUGAUUCAAUUUCUGUAACUCUAGAGGCCUGAACUAAAAUGACAAUGUUGACUAAGGAAUAAAACACUGUGUCAUGCUGUUAUAGACAAAUAAUCAAUGACGGGGUGAGGUAAUAGAGCAAAAUUGAUUAUUUUCCAAUAACAGAAGUGUUUCAUUUAUCUUAUAACAAUGAUUUUUCCCCCUAAUUUAUUAAAUAAGAGUUACAGUUAGAUUUAAAUUGUGGCAAAUCCACAAAAUGUACAUUAUAGGAGCUAAAAAAAUGGUUGUAUCUUCACCGGCUUCUGUUUUUGUCUUGAUUUUCAAGUUAAAACAACAAAAAAAAAAAAUGAAUAAAACCCACUUUGUUGUUUACAAAACACUGUUUGGAAAAGCCUGACUCUUGCAAAGUGCUGACACUGGAGACUCCUUCCAUAAAUUUCCAGUAAAUUUAAGUCUCUGUACAGAAAUUUAAGCAAAUUUGAUCAACACCUUCUGGCCAAUCAGAAUCCAGAAUUCAACACUACCUUGCUCUAAAGCAAAAAUGUAGCUACGCAGUAAUUAAAGACUCACAAUAUGUGUUUGUUUUUUUUUUUUGUUUUUUUUGACCAGAAAUGUGUAUCUUGUCCACCCAACUACGAAGUAACCUUGCAUCUGUUUCACAUAACAUGUGCAAGGUGAUAAAGUUGACACAGGUACCACCCUGAAUCUACAUGUUCAAUGUACAGUAUAAAAUUCAAUGUACAGUUUUUUGUUUUUGUUUUUGUUUUUUUUUUGGUCCCACGGUUACUGGGGCUAGAACUGACAGAUGAAAUAUUUUGAUACAGGAUGCUAUUAAAAAAUAUUUAUUUUCUUGA